CCCUCGGGCUGCAUAAAUAGUGCUGGGAGCUGCCGGCUCUGCAUCUACCGCGGCACUGGCAGCACAGGAGUCCCCAGCACUCAGGAUGGCGCCCAAGGCGGCCGCCCUUGUCCUGGUUCUCCUGGCGAUCUCAGGCUCCCGGGCCGAUGUGAACCCUGAUGAGGUGGCCAGCGUGAUCUGGAAGUACUUCACGGAGCUGGGCAGCAAUGCCAAGGACACGGCGGAGCAGCUGCACCAGAGCGAGCUCAGCAAGCAGCUCAACACCCUGCUGAAGAGCAACCUGCAGAGCGUCAGCGCCUACGCCGAGGACCUGCAGCAGCGCCUGGAGCCCUUCGCCAUGGAGCUGCAGGCCAAGCUGGCGCAGGACUCGCAGCGCCUCAAGGAGCAGAUCCAGCGGGAGCUGCAGGAGCUGCAGGCCAAGCUGGCGCCCUACGCCGACCAGGUGCACCAGCAGAUCGGCACCAACAUCCGGCAGCUGCAGGCCAGGAUGGGCCCGUACGCCGAGGAGCUGCGCUCGCAGGUGGAUCGCAGCGCCGGCGAGCUGCGGCAGGCGCUGGAGCCCUACGCGGCCGAGCUGCGGGAGCGCCUGCAGGACAGCGCCGAGAACGUGCAGGCCUCGCUGAGCCCCUACGCCGAGCGCCUGCAGCAGCAGAUCGACGGCGGCGUGGAGGGCGUCAAGCAGCGGCUGUCGCCCGUGGCGGACGAGCUGAAGGCGCAGGUGGAGCAGAGCGUGGCCGAGCUGCGGCGCGGGCUCAGCCCCUACGCGCAGGAGGUGCGGGACGGGCUGGAGCGGCAGCUGCAGAGCCUGAGCGCGCAGAUGGAGCGGGCGGCCGAGGAGCUGCGGGCCCGCCUGGCCGCCAGCUCCGAGGAGCUGCGCGCCCAGCUGAGCCCGCUGGCCCGGGAGCUGCGGGAGGCGGCGAGCGGCGACGCCGAGAGCCUGCGGCAGCGCCUGCAGCCCCUGGCGCAGCAGCUGGAGCAGCGCCUGGGCCAGAGCCUGGAGACCUUCCGGCAGCAGGCGGCUCCCUUCGGGGAGACCUUCGGGCAGCAGCUGGUGCAGCGGCUGGAGGAGAUGCGCGGCAAGCUGGACUCGGGCGCGGCCGGCGUGGAGGAUCACCUGGAGCUGCUGGAGAAGGAGGUGCGGGACAAGGUGGCCGCUUUCCUCAGCACCGCCGCGCCCCCGCAGAACUAAACCGCCCCGCCAGCCACGCACAUUCCAAGCACUCCUGGCCACUUGCAGUGGCUCAAAUAAAUCUCCUUGUGAUGC